AGGUUAGUCUCCUGAACAGACCUCAAGGAAGGAAGAUAGUCAUUCCUAAGAAAAGAUUAGAUUAGAUGCACCGUUGGACUGAGAUUGGAAGCUUCAAGUUCAGCUCUUGGCUCAGCGUACGACACUCGUUACACAAAAACCCUGGUAGAUAAGUAUAACGGGGCUCAAUCUGGAAUUUACUACGCCGUACCAAGCAACGUAUCCGAUCCGAUUGACAUGCAAUGUGAUGUAGCCAGGGCCAAAGACGGUAAAUUCCGGGGAUGACUAGUGCACUAGAGAACAAGACAAGGCGAAGGACUUACCCAUAAACUCAUAUUAAAUCUAUGCCGAGUCUCAGCUCUUCCGUCAAUCCUGAAUCAAAUGCUAUCAUAGGUCCUCAAAAACGUCCUGCAGAAGAUCCCGUUGAAGAGGAGGAACCAAGUAAAUAUCCUCGUUUGGCCGACGCAGACUUCUCAGAUGAUGCUAAACCUGAUGGACGUUCGGAUGGCAGCUCAUCAAUCUCUCUCAGGACACUGAACCCUCUCAAACGACCUGCCGACGAUUCCGAGCAUGGGCCCCCGACCUCCAGAGGUACUGAUAGCUGGAAAAUAAAAAGACCUCGUCUUGAAAGCGAAGCCGAUUCAGCAGUGGAGCAGCAGAAACCCUCCCACAGAUGCCGUUCAAGUAGUGCCGAAGAGGCUCCUCGAAAACGGCAGUUAGUUAAUGAUUCGUCGCCUGACCCAGGUGACGGUCACCAACCUGCCAAGCGCAUUCGCUUGAGAGGUGCAAAACGAUCGAAGAAACACAGGAAGCAACGUGAUGACGCUCUGUUGUUGCCGGUGGAAUUACACCACGAAAUCCUGGAGUGGCUGUGGGAAGAUGACAGCUUUGGAGACGAUAGGUACUAUCUCGUGAGGACUCUGCAUGCAUGUGCACAGACUUGUUCGCGAUGGCGUUCUGCUGCUCGGCCGCUCAUUUUUCGCUUCCUUAUAAUCAAACAUCCGAAUCGCCUCAAUGACCUCGUAACUCUCAUUCAAAAAGACCCGCAAAUUGCAGGAUGGAUACAGAAAGUCCGUUUAGACGGGACAUCUAUCCCCAACGAUGAUCAUGAGCGGACACGCAUUGGAACUGUUGAAGAAGACCGGGACUGCUGGAUAUACGAGUUCCUGGCAAAGAUCGGCGUCCCACUACCAAGUCUCGCACGUCUUGAGCUCACUGGUUUCGCCCAUCUGAGUAAAAAGCGCGAAGAUCAGGAAGCUUUCGCUCACUGGAUCCGAGAAUUGGUGGAAUUACGCUCAGUUGCGGAACUGAAUAUGCUUCGUUGUGAGAUGAGCUCGAAUAGCCUGGCUGCCAUAGUUCGUGCAUUUCCAAAGCUGGUCAGGAUUGGCUUCGCUUCAGUUGACUUCAGUGCACCGAAUUUCACGACACUUCGGGACGAGUCGUCGUCGCAUAUACCCUCGAACGAGAGAGAGGCCUCUGGUAAUAUCGACACACUGGACUCCUCCGGAUCCCCCGCUAUCAACAAUGCAUCCGUCCUGCCAACGUUUGAUGAUGGGGUGAGUACUCCACCAUCCUCCCACGACGAUCGAACAGUGCCGGUGCAAUAUCCUCUGUUCCAUACCCCACCCUUACUCUCAUCGUUCGCAGUCAACAAUGGGAAUCCAUUGGUGUACUAUGCUGACUUUGACUUUCUUCUUCUUCACGAGUGGCUUCGUCCCGAAAUCCUCAGCAAAAGCCUCAAAACAUUGGAUAUCAGAAGUGACGUCAACAGCCCAAGUUUGGCCAAUUUUAUCGCUACCCUCGGCACGUCUCCCGCUUUGGAGUGUAUGACUUUGUUUGUUGGCAACGGCCUGCAAUAUUUCAUUGACUCCACAGUGGACGUUCGUAGUCUAUCCAAUCUCAUCUCCAUCCGCCUGGAAGUCGACAUAGACGUCGCGCGUGAACACAUUGAAGCAAUGCACUACGUUCUUUCGCAGCUCAACGCUCCUCGCUUACAAGUCAUUACUCUUUCCAUUCCUUAUGUUGAUGGAUUCGAGGUUCUCGAGGGGACCGACGAGUAUUUGGCCAAGGGGUUUGACAGUAUAAAGGAACUUUGCGUUGAGACUUUCACUGGCACCCCAGGUGAACAGCAGAAGGCCCGGAAGGAGAUAAUAGCUAUGUUUCCGCUGAUGGCUGAACGAGGCAUUCUACGAGUCGAGAAUUGGGGUUUACCCUAUCUUUUUUAAGCAGUCAAAUUCAUCACGACUUUCGCAAAUAAUUCACUGAUAUGGCGAUAUCGUCAAUUAGUUGUUCAUUCCGAGGGACUGCAUGCAGGGAAUACAACGAUUGAUCCAGCUCUAUCGCGUUUGCGGACCGUUUGGAGGCCUUAACAGGAGCCUCAAUGAAGCUCUGAGGGAACU